CAGUCACUCCUUAGACACUCUGUUACACUACUUUGAUAGUAGUGUGCCAUUCCUUUGCUCUCUUUUCUUCACAUAUCGGCAUUUCGAAGCGCUUGCGCUAUUCCAACGAAACACAUUGUUCCCAGUCGACAUCGCCCUUUGUAUCACAUCGUCACACGAAGCGCACAAACGCGCACAAACAUGUUUUCCAAGUUUUGGACCAUCCUUGCACUUGCUGCUGUCAAUGUCAACCUUGUUGUCGCGAAGUCAGUUGUUGCGCAUUUCAUGCUCGACAACUCCUAUGCCUACACUGUAGGACAAUGGGAAACCGACAUGAAGGCUGCUCAGCAGGCCGGCAUUGAUGGUUUCUCUCUCAACUGGAUCCCUCCGGACUGCAAUUCGCCCAGCCGCAAGUGGCAAGUCGACCGCGUCGACGACGCUUUCGAGGCUGCCGAGGACACCGGCUUCAAGCUCAUGUUCUCCUUUGACAUGAGCUACACGACCUGCAACACCUUCUGGAACACGUCUUACAUGACCGACAUGAUCACCAAACAUGCUGGAAGCUCUGCUACCAUGCGCUGGAACACCAACAUCCUCGUUUCGACCUACGCUGGCGACAAGAACGACGCUUACGGCAAUCAGUUCUUCCAGGAUCUCAAGGACUCAUGCAAGAGCGAAGGACAUCCUAUCUCUCUGGCUCCCGCUCUCGUCUCAUACGCUCAGUCCGCUCAAUCCAGUCCCGAACACUCCGCUGCCAAGAUGGUCAGCGACUACCCUUCCAUUGAUGGUUACUUCAAUUGGCAAGCGUGGCCUCUCAUGGAAGCCAACAUGACCUGCACUGCCGACCAGGCUUUCAAGGCUGCUCUCACCAAGAAUGGCAAGACCGGACCUUACAUCAUGGCCGUCUCCCCCUGGCAGUACAAGGAUCUCAACAAUGGAGUCUCAUCUGACUCCUGGGUUGCCUACUCUGACACCCUCUUCGCUCAACGCCUACACACCAUCGCCAACAACGAGUUCUCUCCCGACAUCAUCGAGGUACUUACGUGGAACGAUUUCUGCGAGUCUCACUACCUGCGCGAUCUUCCCAGCAUGACCGACGAGAGUGCCACCGACUAUGUCACCUACAGUAACGGCAUGGACAACUACGUCGAGGGCAUGAACCAUGCUCCUUGGCGCGUCAUGGCCAAGUACUACCUGAACUGGUGGAAGAACGGCAAGGCUCCCGUCAUCACCAUGGAUCAAGUCGUCUACUGGUACAGAGUCCAUCCCAAGGCCGCGACAUGUUACGGUGGCUCAUCCAGCAAGAUCAAGAACCAAGACUACCCCACCGACGCAGUAUUCGCCUGGGCGCUGGUCAAGGACAAGGCCACUAUCUCUGUCAGCGUAGGCGACAACCAAUACUGGGAGUUCGAAGCCGAUUCUUCCGGUCCUGCCCUGUCCAUGGUCCCCUUCCCUGAGGACCUUGGUAGCAGUGGUACUGCGCCCGAGGUUAGCAUCAACAGAAACAACAAGGUCGUGCAAUACUCCAAGGGCAGUAUGCCGAUUACAGCAUCUUGCCUGGAGUAACUUCAACGCCCACGUCGAACUCUGCGGCGAAGGUGUCAACAAGGGUCCUUCUUACUCUUCUUCUUCUUCUUCUUCUUCUUCUUCUUCUUCUUCUUCUUCUUCUUCUUCUUCUUCUUCUUCUUCUUCUUCUUCUUCUUCUUCUUGAUCGACACGAACAACAUUCGAGAUCUGCCGGACAGACUCAUACGAUACACAAGCCCUUCGAUUCUUGAUGGUGGAAGGCUUUAUGACUGGAU